CUGCCCAGGAGCCGGUCCCCGGCUCAUUUUAAGCCUCGAGGGUAGCCAGCUCUCUGGACGUUUGCGUUGCAACACGGACCCUAGGCCAGACCGUGGGAGCCUGGCUGCGUAGACGCGAAGCGUCGUGUCCCCGCAUCACCCACAAUGCUUUGCCGCGGGGACCGCUGGCCCUGUCCCUGGGGGGUGGGGAUGGGGCGGCGCUGCUGCUAUUGCUGUCUCCAGAGAGGCUCCAAACCGGAGGAGAGGAAGAUAUGAGAACAAGUGUUAAGACCCUGUGACAAAUGAUAAGGCUGCCCUUAAGCAGCCUCUGGCGCUUGGGACCCGUUUUUGUAGGCAGAAUCUAGACUUUUAGCUUUGUUCCCGAACCUUCAGGGAAACCAGAGCUUGCUUUCUGCAUCCUUAGGGACCCUGCAGGCUGUCACCUCUUCUCUCUCAGUAACUUUGUCCAGAAAACAGCACAGCCCAGGGUAUAAAGCUUGCCAGGUGAAAUGAAGUGGAAAAGAUGGGAGUGCACUUUCUAGAGAGUUCUAGAGUGUUCUUGUACAAUCCAGAGGGACAAUGCAACAGGAAAACCAGACUAAAGAAGGGGGUUGGUGAAGAACGUUUUCUACAUCUGAAACAAAUCGAGCGGUUGAUUAUGGUCUCAUUCAUUCAUUUUCCGGUGGUAAGGCACCCUGCCCGAAUAUUAGAGGAGGAAAGAAGUCACUUCCCCUGCUGUCGGCAUCUUCCAACAGAUUGAGCAAGAAUAUUUCGAGCACUACAGAAAAGACAGUCUAUCCAACCCUAAAUGAUGAUCAGCCAUGUGACUGUUUCAAGAAAGGGAAUAGGGUAAAUGAAUCUUAUCAGAAAACCAGCAAUAUGAAUGCAGGCCCAUCUCGGACUAAAGUACAACAUCCCAAGAAUUCCAGAAAAAGACAGAGUAAACCCCAAGUCCCCCACAUUUCCUCCCAGCUGAAAAGCAGUCUCAGAGGAGGUGUCCCCCAACCAACUGAGGAUAAGCUGAAGGAAAGCAUUUCCCCAGAAGGAAACCCCGAAAGGAGCCGCCUCGGCCCCAGGUAUCACGGGCUCUCAGGGAAUAAGCUGUUUCUGGACUUUGAGUCCAUGAAAAUCAUCAAAGAAGAUGCGGAGGAGGAGGACAGUGCCAGUGACCUCUCUGAUUCAGAAAGGAUCGCCAUCCCCCCAUCCCCCCUCACGCCUCCUGAUCUUCACCUUCGAGCGGAAGAGAUUGACCCGGUUCACUUCGAUCUGCACCUAGGGCAGGGCCCCACCUGGCCUGAAUACUGUUACCCCGACUUCCUCCCACCCCCAUGCAACUCCUGGGACCUGCGGGACAUGGCCAUGCUCCUGCACUCCGAGCGCAGGACAGAGGCUGUGCCCAAAACCGGGGGGCUCCUGGGCAAGUACAUCGACAGGCUCGUCCAGCUCGAGUGGCUGCAAAUCCAGACCAUCCAGUGCGAGAAAGGCAAGGUGGCCAAAGGGAGGCCUCCCACUGCCCCUGGGACCUCGGGGGCCCUGAAGAGCCCUGGGAGAAGCAAGCUGAUGCCCAGCGCUCUGUCCAGGCCUCACCAGGAAGGGCCUCUGAAGUCAGGCCCUUCACGAAAGAAAGACACGCUCUGCAAGGAAGUCCAUCCAUUCUGUUACACUGGUGAGGCUUCCCCCAGACCUCUUGAUGUGCUGAGCAGUAGCCGAUUAUAUUCUCAGAAGCAAACCCUGGAGGUGCAGACAGAGAAGAAGAAAAAGAAAUCCAACAAGAGCCCCAGGCUGCAGCCCUGGGACUUAUCCUGUGGGGACGGUGGCCCCAAGAUCGAGAGCAAUGGGAACCUCCGUGCAUCCCGGCCGCCAGCCAUGAUCCUGGAUCCCGCAGAUGGCUGCAGGGCUGCCCGGGCACCAGCACACAUAGGUCUUAAGAAGAAGGGAAACGUGAGUAACUGUGCUCAUGCCACAAUAUCCAGCGAGAAAAAGCUCAAAACGAAUGGAGGAAAGCAAAAUACGUACAAAUUCAAGAAAUAACUGAGAUGAUGAGUUGGAAGAACCUGCAGAUGACUCAGUAUUAAAGCUCUUCCAAAAGUUCCCCUCCAGUGAAUUGUAAGAGACUUCAGGUUUACUGAAGGGGUGGACAGUUCACCCACCCUCACCUCCACCCCGGCCACACAGGGUUGUUUUCAAAAAAAGAAGUCUUUAGGUAAUCAUACUUUGUGUUGACAAUCUUAGGCAAACUUGAGGUAAACAUCAGCCAAAGUCUGUGCCACAGAAAGAAAUAAAACCACUGCUCUCUAGAGGGACUUGAGUGAACUCCACUUCUGAAAUCUCAGCCACAGCAUAUGUGAGUUAGUGGGUAUGGCUUCAAACAGUAGAGAAUCCUGAGUAUCUGAGACAGGGCUCUCUGCGCCCUGGCCCUAAAGGAUUCAAACAAAAGUUCUGGCUGUUUCACCCAGGGGAAGCUUGGGCCCUUCCUCAACAGCAUCUAUUUUGAGCAAAGUCAUUUAUCACUAAGUUUCCUGCUCUUGGGAGACAGUAGAAUCUAGGGCUUUCAUGCGCUUUCCCUAACAUGGGUUUUGUUUUGUUUUUAAGAAGGCCUUUUAGAAGUGGUGUGAAGUCAAUUUUUUGUAUUCUGUCAGCAUGCAGACUUCAUCCCAGUGGAGGUUGGUGGGUCUAAGCGUGGUUGUUAGCAAGUGGUGGGAGGAAGAAUGAAAUGUUGACACCUGGAAUUCCUGGCAGGUGGCGUCUCUGAAGAGGUAAACCUUUUUACCUCUUUUUAAAGGGUAAACCACUAUUUAGAGUUUGCAAACGCAGGGCCUAUAAUCAGACAUACACACGGAACCACUUUGAGUGGAACCCUUAUUACAUUCCUGAUUUGGGACCUGGCCCCUCUCUGUUGUAAAAUGAUAAUCUGUCCUCAUUUGCAAGAGCGGGACUUUAUAAUUUUGCUUUAUAAUCUCAUGGGGGGAGCAUGACUAAAGUUACUGAAUGAAUGUCUUCACAUCCUUACAUGGCCCUGUGGCUUCCUGAGCUUCCUAAAUGCUUCUUAUUUAAUUGCUGUUAAGUCACAAAGAUAGAAGGCAGGAGGAGAAGGGGAUGACAGAGAAUGAGAUGGUUGGAUGGCAUCACUGACUCGAUGGACAUGAGUUUGAGCAAGCUCCGGGAGUUGGUGAUGGACAGGGAAGCCUGGUGUGCUGCAGUCCAUGGGGUCGCAAAGAGUUGGACACAACUGAGCAACUGAACUGAACUGAAGUCACAUCUACUUGUCCCUAUGGUUGUAUGAGGAGAUUGCUCUUGAUAUUAUUGUAGAAAUCUUUAAAACCUUUGGUUGACAAUUCUUGAUGUACAGUAUGUUUUAAUGACUAUAGCUGAUUUUAUUCCUUCAAACAAUUCUUCUAGUUUUCUUUAUAUAUAUGUUUGUUUUUAAUCUUUGGGGCAAAUGAAAAACUUGGCACAUUUCAUUUGAAAAUAUUUACCAACUGGCAGACUUUUCACCCAGCAAUUCAGUGUCAUCCAAGUCAUUGUUUAAGUUACCAUAAAGACAGGAUGCAUUUAUACAUAAUUAAAAUAAUAGGCCAAAAUUGAAUAUUAAGAUGCCAUAUGAAAAUCUGAUCUUAAUUGUAUUAAACAACAAAAAUGUUGAUGGUAGUCCUUUUCUUUUAAGACUUUAUUUCCCGAUUCCCUCUUAUAUUCUUUCUUCCUCACACUGCCCUACUGGAGAAAGCACUGGUUACAGUAAGAUUAAGAUCUUUUUUUAAGAUUAAGGCCUUUUUAUAAAUGAACAAAAGAUGUAUAUCUGGCCAGCAUCAGUUCUGUGGUUCACAAUUAUACUGUAACAUUUGUACUCAGUGUAAGUAUGGUAUUUUGAAAACAUAGUGUUAUUGAUAACUUUUCCUUCCUGUGGUUCCUGAGCAUUCCCCUACAUGUCCUUCAAGGGCCCUGCUUCUAUGAGCACUGAUAGGCGAGUCCUGUCUACACCCCACUCAUGAUUUCUUUUUCUGCUAGAUGUUCAUUCAACUCUGUAUGAAGUUUCAGGGCCAAUAAAUCUCUGUAAGCAUGUUACACACACGUAUAUGAUCCUGAUAUUAAUCCUAAUAGAAACCCAGGGUUUCUGCUGAGCUGCUGCCUCUCGCAGUAGCACACCUGUGCAGCAGAUCUGGACGGUGACAUGAUUCACCUUUCCUGGCCUCAUGUAUGUCUGAGCUGAUUAAGAAAUGUUGAGUUCACAUCUCGGAUGUUACAUUUGUUCCUUGCUCUUUGACUUGGUUGCUUAAUUCGGAAGCAUAGUUAUAAUGUCACGUUAGGACAGUUUGAAAAGCCUGAAAAAGUGGCUUUGCUUGUUUACUUUUUUGCCUCUGGUUGGUAAUUGUGAUUGGCUCAGAGCUCCUAAGGAAUGUAGGUUCAUUACAGAGCAGAAGCACACUUCUAUGAUUUCUGGUGUGCACAUUUUAAUGCACUAAAUGCUGCAGAUAAAAAUCUUGCCACUUGAGCAGACCACAUUACAGAGUUGAGUCAUGAACUCAUUCAGUCCAUGAGAUCGAAGCCAUGGAAUCUUGUGACAUGAGUCACUGUAUUCCUAAGUAGUGCCUGUCAUUUCUGUGCAGUUGUUUACAUACAUGUUGCAUUUAAAUCAAUUAAAGAAACCAAUACAAUGGUAGCAAAAAAAGAAACAACUCCAAAGUUUAGAAAAAGUGCUAAGAAUUGUUGCAGGCUUGGAAUCAGGGGGAAAAGUUGUAAAAACUGCAAAAGUGAACUACAAAAAUAUAUCAAUAUUAGCUACAAUUGUUUAGGUUGGGACUAUUUCUCCUUAACAACUACAAACUGAAAGUUUGUAACUUAACUGGGAUAGCAUGGGAUUGGCAACCUAUGACAAAAAAGAUGGGGGGAGAGGGUAUCACUCCUGUGUAGUGGUUCUUGGGCCUAUUUGGUUAGUUUCCAGAGAGAAGAAUUUCUACCAUUCAUGUUUAAAUAUCACCUAUUUCCUCUUUCCUUUGUGCUCAUUUACAAGAGUAGUAAAACAAAAAUUAAAUUUCUUGGUACUGUAUUUCAAGGUAAUAAGCAGUAUUUAUUAUUUAUUCAUGAACAUGUACAGAGCACCAUUCAAAAUGCAGCAUGUUUGUUAUUUGCUAUGUAAUUAUUAUAUGCUUGGUUUUGUAUAUAAUAAAACAAUACACAAAGGUU